AUGCCUGUCUCGUGUCUUGAGCAGCUACUCCAAACCGAAUACUGGGUCUUCGAGCAGCCGGGGUCUGGGAUUCGAGCAAUUCGCUCACACGAAUGGUCUCUACCUGCUGACUUGAUGGAUGUGGUCGAUGUGAUUACACCGACCAACGUUUUUAUCCACCCGACCGUCCAAUUUCGAUUGGGCGCACCUACUCCAAUCUGGGAAGAGGAAAGUCAUCUGCCGAUGUAUCAAGACCUCAUCGAUGAAGAUCUAUUAGAUCGUGGCAGACUGGAGAUUCUGACCCAGGAGGAACUAUCCGCGAAUCCCACAGGCGACUGGUGCCACCGUGCGACCCACGGUGCCGUCAGCGGUGAUGUGUCUCUCUACCAACGACUGAAUCUACUAGGUGGUGCAUUAGCCAACAUCGGUGCCAACAAAGCCUGUGAACUAAUGGGUGACUUUCGCGUGGGCUUUCUUCUGCAAACCCCACCACGGCUCCAAUACUUUGCUCAACUCAUCGGAACACUAUUCGCCACAAUUGUCGCCCCGGUCAUCUUCAAACUCUUCACUACCGCUUACCCAUGUAUCAUUGCUGAGGGCGCAAAUGGUAACAGUACCGAUGCCGCCGCCGCUCAAGGCCGCCGCUGUGAAUUCAGCGGACCCUCCAUCGCGACAUGGCGCGCGGUGGCUGUCGCAACAACCUCUGGAGCCUCUGGGCAGUCGGCUAUUCCAGAAGCGAGCGGGCGAUUCGCUGUGUUGUUCGCAGCCGUCGGCGUGAUGAUUGUGUUACUGCGGAAUAUGCUAAGAGCUUUCCCAGCUAAGGUAUAUUUGCCUAAUAUGAUGAUGAUGGGGUUGGCUUUUACGAUGCCUUCGCCGCCGUAUGGAAUUGCGAUGUUGAUGGGGGCACUGGGGGCACGCAUGUGGAAGUGGAGGGAGGAGAGGACGUUUGAGACGUAUUCGUCAUCAGUGGCAGCGGGGUUAGUGGCUGGGGAGGGGAUUGGGGGUAUAGUGAAUGGAGUUCUGACGAUUGCGGUGGGCUGGGGAGGAGAUGGCUGA